AAGCAGCAACAACACACACGGAGAUUGGAGUUCAGUCUGCGCGAGCACUGCAUAACGGCUGCUUCAUCGAGACACUUCUCCGUUAACCGGCUUUAAAAUCAUCUUCCAGAAACCGACACCAUGGGCGUGGAAGGCUGCACGAAAUGCAUCAAAUACAUGCUCUUCUUCUUCAAUUUCAUCUUUUGGCUGACUGGUUGUGUAAUCUUGGGGGUUUCUCUCUGGCUUCGUCAUGACAAUAAGACCAGCAGUCUUCUGGAACUGAAGUACGAGGGCACAGAAGCACCCAGCACCUUCUACAUCAGCGUCUACAUCUUGAUUGCUGUUGGUGCUGUGAUGAUGUUUGUUGGAUUCCUUGGUUGCUAUGGAGCCAUUCAGGAAUCCCAGUGUCUUCUCGGAACAUUCUUUGCCUGCUUGGUCAUUCUGUUUGCCUGUGAGGUUGCGGCUGGAAUCUGGGGAUUCAUGCACAAAGACAAGAUCUCCAAAGAGCUGAUCACUUUCUAUGACUCUGUGUAUGACAAAAGCAUUACACUUACAGACACUGAGCAAAGGCAGACUUCCGCUGCUGUCUUGAAGGUCUUCCAUGAGACUCUUAACUGCUGUGGCAAAGGAGGCGUGCUUUCAGUUGCUACGAUGUGGAUGUCAGACACCUGUCCUAAAAAAACUUCUGACAACUGUCACACCAAGAUCAAAGAGCUUUUCUCUGAGAAGAUCUAUUUGAUUGGCAUCGCUGCCUUGGUUGUUGCUGUUAUCAUGAUCUUCGAGAUGAUCUUCAGCAUGGUGCUUUGCUGCGGCAUCAGGAACAGCCCUGUUUACUGAAACAGAGGGGCAAGAUAUUACCUUUAAAACAUCAGCCAAAAAAAAAAAAUAUUUUGUUUUAUAUCUACCAUCUCCUAUUUUGUUUUGUAUCUACCAUUGUUUCCUAAUGUAGUCAACCUGUUCAGUUCCUGAAGUCUCAGAACAAUUUCUGUGCAUUUUUUUUGUUCAAACGUUGCAGUGGAACCACCAACAACUAGUCUGCUAUUGUUUAUGCUGUAGUUGGCAAAGACUAGUUGCGAUCUGUAGCUAUAGCAGUAGACUUACACAGUCCAUGAUCACAUGAAGAAUGGAUACAUUUAUUUGCUUGUAGUUUUUUGUGUUAACUGUUAAGUACUGCUAUUGCUAUUGGUUAAUAUCAUUCUUUACGUAUGUACAUGUAUAAACUGUAUAUAUUUGCAGCCCUAUAUGGCUCUUAAGCAUGAAUCUCGUAUUGAACACUCCUGUCCAUCUUCCUCUCUGAGACUGCUGUUUGUAUGUUCACGUUUCUUCCUGAGAAACCACUAAAUAAACAGUGUUAGCUAGGUGAGAGAGAAAGUCAGAACACAGUGCUUAUUGAAAGCGAGAGUGCAAGGACUAAGAAUGUUAAAGACCCAGGUAUACUUCAUUUUCUGUGUUCCGCUCCGUCCAGCGCACAGUUAAACUUGCAAGCCAUUCAAAAUACACUCCAUAGACGGGGUUAAGCUAGAAGGGAUACAGCAGCGGCCGGAAACUAACAAUAAAUUACGUCCUACCUAUUAGAUUGUGUUUAUUAACGUCUACACCUACCGGACUGUUCUUAAAUUCUUAAAUUACGCCACACAGGACCGGACUGUCAGCGACCUGGAGCUGAACUCGGGACAAGGAAAGUAUAUUUUCGGCCUAAACUUUUUGAAGUUGACGAGCACUGCGUUACUUAAUACACUGUGUGACAUUCAAGCUCAAUCGGUGCAAAACGUAAUAUAUACCGGGUUCUGUGGGCCAACAAGUUAAUGUCAGUCAACAACACUUGUAACAUAAUGUUGAUUACCACAAAAAUAUUUUCCCCUUC